CACAAAACGUCAGUGUGCCAAAGCAAAUUUGCAAAAAAAUACAAAAAUGAUGUAUCCAACAGUUUCGAGUCAGUAUUCGUAGUUUAAACUAUUUUUUUAAUCGACUAUUUUAAUAACAAAACAUUUUGAAAAUGUUUAGAAAAGUACGUAGUAUAGUACCCGUUAAAGGUAUCUACAAGGCUGCAUGUGAAUUUUCUACCUCACAAGGAAAUUUGGAAAGAUCAUUCUUUACUAUCAGUGAUUUAACAAACAGAAACAAGGAAUAUGUUAAAAAAGAACUAUUGGGAUAUUCCAUGGCCGAGAUGUACGAAGUCGUUGCCGAUGUUAAAAACUAUUACCAAUUCGUGCCAUAUGUGAAAAAAUCCCAUGUGCACAGUCAAAGAGGGGAGAACUUUCGAGCUGAUUUAAUUGUUGGAUUCCCACCCCUCAACGAAAAAUAUACAUCUAAUGUAACACUUGAAGAACCGAAAUUAGUACAAGCUGUAUGUAAAGAUGGACGAUUAUUUAACUAUUUACUCAAUGAAUGGCGAUUCAGCCCUGGCCUCAAAGAUAUUCCACAAUCGUGUGUGUUGGACUUUAAAGUGUUGUUUGAGUUUAAGUCAAUUAUUCACAGUAACAUUGCCAAUUUGUUUUUCGACUUGAUAUGCGAUCAAAUGGAAAGUGCAUUCCAAACUGAAGCACAAAGACGAUUUGGUCCACCAUCGAUCAAAAGCCAUAUCCUCUCUUCGAAGCGAUCGUGACAAGAUACAAAUUUAGAGAAUUGAGAUACCUUCUUGUGUAAAAAUAAACAAAACUGAGCACUUUUUUUUAACUAAAAUUUACAUUAGAUAUGCUGUGUGUGCUAAAGGAACCAUUUAAAUGGUUUGAAAUCUACUCUAAAUGAUAUUUAUUUUAUGUUAGUCUUUUUAUUAAAAAAUGAAACCAAAUGUUAUAUUAUUUUUAUUUUGUACAUAAAUUUAUUAUAAUCGUGGAUGUAAAUAAAGUUAUGUAAUUAAUAAA